GAACAACGCGACUUCCUAUUUUGAACUCCAUCGGCAGCCAUGAAAUAUUUUUGUACGAACGCGUAGGGAUCUAGAGUUGGAGAAUCCAUGAAUCUAUCUCGAACCAUGCACCAUGGGAGAACCGGUUCUGCUUCUCCAAGCGGAGAAGACCCUCGCCCGUCAAUUGCGGGCAAACCUCGUGUCAUGUUGUCCAACGAUGGAUCUCGUAGCGGUCGUCACGCAAGAUGAACAGCUCGAAGUAUAUCGAUUCAACGGGCAAAAAGCAUUUGGACUGCAUCGAAGAAACCCCGAUACCACAGUACAGUCGAUAUGCUGGAAAUUCAACGGUCAAUAUAUUGCGGUCGGAUGGCGGGAUGGUACUGUGGACGUGGUCUCGGCUGAGAGUGGAAAGGUGUUGCAGCACUUCAAACAUGUCACUGCCGCGGCAGUAUCAAAUCCAACACCUGAACCAACUCUCUGCAUUGGCUGGUCUCUCAACCUGAUCAAGGUGAAAGCCGUCAGCGACCGCGUCAAUAUCGAUGACCUAUUGUCUUCGAAUGGAAAGCCCGGACGGAAGGAUCUGAUUGAAAGUCUUCGUGACUAUGUCUCUCUAGACGAUUUCCUGGACCGACAACCAGAUCAUGAGACUCUAAGCAUCCAUCCAAACCUUCCCGAGGAGCUCGCUCUACUAGAUGUUGAGAGCGUUUUACCAAAACUUCCGAUAGUGCCACUACUGACGGCAACCGGUUUAUCGACCAUUAACCCGGAAAUUUUCGCUUCUCAACCUGCUCUUGAUCUCCUCCUUCAGAAACACACUCGAGAUCAUAACUCGGUCGAGACACUGAUUGUACAUAAUGCCAACCGAACGGGGACGAUCAUCGUGUAUGAUUCUCUCAAUGUUGGAUCUUUUCGAUAUCCUGAACGCUGGGCAUCUCUCGAGAUUGCUCCUCUGCUGCACGUUUCUCAUCCCUUCUCUUAUACUCACAUGAUCCUUGUUGAGACAAAAGUUAUUCCAUCAUCCAGACUUUCGUAUGGUACACGAACUCCACGGAAGAGUACAAGACGAACGCAUGUUCCAGAAGAGACAGACACAGCAGGGCAGCAAACUAGACUUGCUCUGAUUCCACUCACACUUCGAUUUAUCAAGUCUUCUGGCAUCAUCCUGCAUAUCAUUGCCUCGAAAACUGCUCAACUGCAAAACAUUUUACAGUAUAUUCUGCGUUGCGUUGAGUCGGUCACGUACCUUUGGAACACGAGUCAUGAAUUUCCUUCUAAAUCCAUGGCGAACAUCGAAGAGACAUUGGCUGAGGAAGAAAACGGCACGCUGGUUCAAAACUUGUAUCAUCUUGCAAUGAGUGGAGACUGUCCGCUACCAGUGAAGGAGUGGCUUGCCGACCAAGUAGCGGAGCGUGGACACAAACGUUGGGAUCAUAGUGUUAGCAACGGCUACCAACGGAUCCUUGAUUUGACCCAUGAGAAUCUUCUCCCAGCUUUGGACCGAUGCACGAUGUUGAUAUCGGCACUAAGAGGGCUGGCACUGCAUUAUCAGGAGAGCCAGAUCCUGGAUGUUCCAAUCCCACAAUUCCGAGUCAUCAUCGAGCGAGUCCGAUGUCUUCGUUUCCUCUCUCAUCAAAUCCUGAUAAUCGCGAGCGAAGAAAGACGGCAGUUCCUUGCGUUUUCGAGAUGGAUGCGGCAUGAGAUUGAGGUUCAAGCCACAGAACCCACCUCAGCUGCUGCAGACGAAGUCCUCGACCGUGAUAUAGGCAUUGAUUAUGCUCAACUCCUCGCAUAUAUCCGAGGACCCCUGAAGGCUAGCAGGAUGCCAAAGUUUAUGGAGGAUGUUGAGCUAUCAGCAGUGGAUGACCUUGAUCAUCUCUCUUACGAGACCCUGCAAAAACAACUGAAGCAGCAUAAUAAUGGGAUGGGAACGAAAUUCCCGUGUCUGUCCUUGUGGAUUCAUCUGAAAGAGCUUCAAAGUAGCUGCUUAAGCCUUGUCAAAAAGAUCACAUUCUCACAAGUGGCGGGUACAGAUGUGGCGUGUGGUAUAUUCCUGGAUGAUGGAGAGGUAUCAUCACUGGACAUGAAGAUGGUCCACCCGGGACCUAAGGAUGUGUCGAGCAUGUUCAGUUACAUCGCUUAUGUUCCAAAAACCAAACCCGACGAAGUUCGGUUACAUCGACUCUAUCAUGAAAGCUUUAUUGAUGAUUCUCGAUCCAUCAAGUCGGCAAAGUCCUUCACCAUUGCUUUCGAAGGGUUCGAUUGUUUGGAUGUAAAAUUUGCGGACGAAACGCACCUCCUUGUCCUUAUUGGGAAUGGAAGUUCGUCUUUUAUCCUAUCCUUCGACCUGCGCCCCACGGAUGAUAGCCAUGAAGUUGAGAGGAAUUUCAAAGACUGGCGUAUCUCAGAGACGAAACCGUCAUUGAUGGAUUUCGAACUACCCAACGGUCAACCCAGGACGGUAGCGCCUGCAAUCCGGUUAUCACUGGAGCAAACCGAGCGGUUCAUCAAGCACAAAUUCAACGAGAAUGAGCGUUUCAGGCCGCUUAAGAUGGAGGUCAAUGGACGUAAGAACCGUCGAGUCCUAUGCGUUGUUGGGGAGGAUCUUCGCCAGUAUCGAAUUCUUGAUCUGGACUUUCUGGCGAGUCAGAUGGCGACAGAAGAGGCACAAGAUGAACCAGAUGUACACGAUGAUGAAUGAAUAAUGAUCAUGGUAUCGUAUGUAGUCUUCUACCUCUAUCUGCGCUUGACCGGCUUCAUAAAAC